AUGUCGGAUCAAGCACCAACAAAUUAUAUUGUAACUACUCAACAAGAACAAGAACAAGAACAAGAACAAGAACAAGAACAAGAACAAGAACAAGAACAAGAACAAGAACAAGAACAAGAACAAGAACAAUCAACUAAUAUGCUUGUUCAACAAUCUCAGCAAACAACUAAUAAUCCAUCACAAUAUACAGAAGCACAACGAAAACGAUUUAUUCAAAAACAACUUGUUUUAUUAUUUCAUGCACAUAAAUGUCAACAACGUGAAAAACAAACAAUCAACGAUGAAUCAACACGUUCAAAUGCAUGUACAUUACCACAUUGUAGUACAAUGAAAAGUGUUCUACAACACAUGACAAAAUGUGAUGAUCAUAAAACAUGUACUGUACAACAUUGUGUUACUUCACGUCAAAUUAUUUUGCAUUGGAAACAAUGCAAUAGUCCUCAAUGUCCAAUAUGUCAACCAAUCAAAGAAGGAUCAGCAUUAGCAAAAUUAAAUCAACAAAUAGCAACAAUAACGAUAGCAGAUUCAGCAGAAAUAUCUUCAAUUAAUCUUAAUACAAAUUCUUCAUCAAAUUCGAAUGAACGAUCAAUAAAUAUAGAUUGGCAAAGACAUGUUACAGCCGAAAUGCGUGAUCGUCUGGUACAAAAAAUCAUAGCUGCACUUCUACCUAUAACUGAUACAGGAGCUGUACAUGGUAAACGUAUUAUUAAUUUUGAUAAUUAUGCUCGACAUGUUGAAAAUGAAAUAUUUGAAGUUGCAGCUAAUCAAGAAAAAUAUUUUAAUAAAUUAGCUGAGAGAAUUCAUAAAAUUCAAAAAGAUUUAGAAGAUCGUCGAGAAGAAAAAUAUUUACAAGAUAUGCAAUUAGCAGCGCAAAUGUCUUCAACGAAUGAUUUUAAUGGAGAAAUGUAUUCAACUAUUGAUACAAUGGCCGGUGAUCAUGGUCCACCAAAUCGUACAGCACCUAUAACUGAUUAUGUAUCAUCAGCGGCAGUGGCAGCAGCAGGAAAUCUUCUUCAAUCACUAACAAUUAAAUCUGAACCAUUAACAAAUCGAACAAUGGUAAAUACUAAUAAUAAUAAUUCCACAUCGACUACAUUUGCAGUAACAAAUGUACCAUCACAUGAUCUUGAUAUGCUUGACACAACAAAAAAUAAUUUAGAUGGUACAAAUCAAUUGAAAAACGAACCACUUUCACCUAAGAACUAG